AUGUAUAGCAAGGAAACACAUGGGAAAGCAUUUGGUGAUUUUGUAUAGAAAUACGAGUUCAAAAUGUAUAAUAUAUAACUUGAAAUUAUUGAAAGUAUUGUUUUAUUAAAAGAUUAUAAAUUUAGUUGUAAAAGUAAGUACUAUCUAAAAUUUCCAUUGCUAUAUAUUAUAACCUCCAUACUUUUUUGCACACAUGUGCUUGACAGUUAUAAUAAAAAUUGAGUAUUAGCAUUUAUUUUAAUAGUUUUAAUAAUGUGUUUUAUAAUUUAAAAAUUUUUUAAUGAUUUAAACGAAUUAUCUUUAAAAAUGAAUAUAUAAUAUCAUUUUUUAACAGAUGUCAGUUGUGUCUUCAAGAGUUAGUAGUGUUUCAUCACUUCUAAAAAAUCCUGGAAUUAGAUCACAAUUUAUUAGACAGUCUAAUAGAGUAUAUUUGAAACUUCCAAAAAAUCUCAAAAGUAUUCUCUUUAAUUUUGAAGCUGGUAAUGGAACAAAAGAUUAUGAAAAUUUAAUAUAUAUUUUACGAAAUUCAGAUAUAAAGGAUGCAGAUUUAAUAGAAUUUUUAUCAAAUGUAAGACAAUGUAUGUCAUUACUUGGCCCUGUUCAUAAAGUACUUGUGGAAACACUCCUACAAAUAAAAUGGACAAACCGCUCUUUAGAAGUAACAUCUGCUUAUAAAGUAUUUAUUGAAGAUUUAAUUUGUAUGCAAAUUCAUUAUGCUAAAAAUGCUAUAGACAAUUUAGUUGAACAGUUUAAACCAGAUGAAGAUGAUGGUACUGAGUUGGAAAUUGGAGUAAGCAAAGAUAUUCAGAGGUUAAAUCAUAUACAUAAUAUUCUUCAAAAAGUUUUAAAAGUUGUGCCAAUGUCAAGCAAACUUCUAUUACAAUCUCUUGGUGCAAGGUUUCCAUAUUUCAUUCAUGGAAGUCAUACACAUGAAGUUUAUAUUUAUGCAUUAAUUCAAAUAUUAGAAUAUGCACCGCAUUUGCGAUUUGAUAUUCUAUCUCUAAUUAUUAAUAGGUUAAUGGUAUUAGAUGUAAAUAUACCACAGUUAGAGAUAGAUAACGAAGAGGAAGACUUAAUGGAUGAUAAUAGUGAAUGUAACAGUACCCUUGGUAAUGAGAAUAAUGUUGAAGAAAAUAAUAUAACAGAAACAGAUAAAAUACAUCCAAUAGCUCAUAAGUUGGAUGUUUUUAAAACUGCUGUUGUGGAGGCUUUUAUAGAUUGGUUAUGGCGAAAGGCAUCCGAUCCUAAUGUACCUUCUAUUGUACGACAGUCAUCCAUAGCAUAUAUUGCUAGUUUACUGGUUACAGCAAAAUUUGUUACAACUGGGUUAGUAAAAGCUGUCCAAUUAAAAAUAUCCAAAUGGAUACAUGAUUAUAUUAAUAUGCAAGAUCAUUCAAAUUAUAUAAUGGAUGAAAAUAAAGAACAUAAUAUGUUACAUUUACAAGAGUUGGAUUUAGCAAAAAUUAUAACUUGUAAAUUAAAUCCAUUGAAAGCCUGUGAUCCUGAAAUUAUGCAUAGUUUUGCAGAAAUUACCCGAAUGUAUCAAUUGGCAUAUUGUUAUACUAUAAUUGAAAAUAAUACACGGAAUCAACUUCCUCUUUUCGAUAGUAAAAAAGGAACAACACCUACAAUUCAAAACUUUUUUCCAUUCAAUUUUUAUAUGUUACAACGAAGUGGACAAAGAAUAAUUCCCAUAUUGCGUGAUAAUGUUAGUAGUAGUGAACAUAGAACAACUAUUAAAUAUAGGAAAGACAUUGAACAUAUGACUGAAUAUUAGAUUUAAUUCUUCAAAUUUAACAUACAAUUUGUAAUCAUUUUGAAUAAAUUAAAUAUUUACAUAAGUAAUAUUGCUAUUCUGAAUUAGACAAAUAUGACUAAAACAAAUCUGGUAAUUUAUAUAAAAUGUAAAAUUUUAAUUUAAUAAAAACGUAUAAUUUAAAUAAA